AUGCCGAUGCUGAAAGACCCCUCGAAAAAAUAUAAGCAGUUUAAGCCACUGGAUCUGCCGAAUCGCCAAUGGCCUAACAAGAUCAUUGACAAGGCUCCGCGAUGGCUGGCCACUGAUCUGCGCGAUGGCAACCAAUCUCUGCCGGAUCCUAUGGAUGUCGAGCAAAAAUACCGCUUCUUCAAGAUGCUGGUGGAUAUUGGGUAUAAGGAAAUCGAAGUGUCGUUCCCGUCCGCAUCUCAAAUCGACUUCGACUUCACGCGCCGCCUGGUCGAAGAGCCCGGUCUCACACCCGAUGAUGUCGCGCUGCAAGUUCUCUCGCCAUGCCGCGAAGACCUGAUCAAACGGACAGUGGAAUCUCUGAGGGGCGCUAAAAAGGCCAUCCUGCAUAUCUACCUCGCGACCAGCCCUUGUUUCCGACGGAUCGUCUUCAACAUGGACCGGCAAAAGAGUCUGGAGAUGGCUGUGCGCUGUACCAAGUACGCGCGCUCUAUCACCAAGGAUGACCCGUCUAUGGCUAGCACCGAGUGGCAGUUCGAGUUCUCACCCGAGACCUUCUCGGACACUGAGCCCGAGUUUGCCGUAGAGGUCUGCCGGGCCGUCAAGGAGGCCUGGGAGCCUACCGUCGAGAACCCGCUCAUUUUCAACCUGCCCGCAACAGUAGAGAUGGCCACUCCCAAUAUCUUUGCCGAUCAGAUCGAAUAUUUCUGCACGAACAUGCCCGAGCGCGAGAAGUUCGUGGUGUCGGUACACCCGCACAACGACCGAGGCUGUGCCGUCGCGGCUGCUGAACUGGCGCAGAUGGCCGGUGCCCAGCGUGUUGAGGGCACGCUGUUCGGUAACGGCGAGCGCACUGGCAACGUCGACCUGGUCACCCUGGCGCUGAACCUGUAUACACAAGGUGUGUCUCCCAAGGUCGACUUCUCGGAUAUCAACGCAGUCAUCAAGGUCGUCGAGGAGAGCAACAAGAUCCCUGUCAACGAGCGAUGGCCAUAUGGUGGACAGCUGGUCGUCUGCGCAUUCAGCGGGAGCCAUCAGGACGCGAUUAAGAAGGGCUUCAAGCUGCGCGAAGACGGGGCCGCCACCGACGACGACGAAUGGGCCAUCCCAUACCUGCCGCUGGACCCGCAGGACAUCGGCCGGACGUACGAGGCUGUCAUCCGUGUUAACUCGCAGAGCGGCAAGGGCGGCACUGCCUGGGUCAUCCUGCGCAGCCUGGAGCUGGAUCUCCCGCGCGCGCUGCAGGUCGAGUUCAGCAAGGUGGUGCAGAAGCAAACCGAGGCUGUCAGCCGGGAACUGCGGCCGUCGGAGAUUGUCCACCUCUUCGAGGAGUCGUAUCACCUCAAGUCCAAUCCGCGCUUCAACCUGGUCGAUUACAACAUCACCACCGAUCGCUCCCAGUCGCCCGCCCCGCCCGAGCCGGGCAAGGCUGUCAACACCAAGAACCUCAAGCGUCGCUUCACCGGUAUCGUGGAGAUCGACAAUGUCCAGCAUGCCAUCACGGGUGUCGGCCCCGGUGCCAUCUCCUCGCUGGCCUCCGCUCUGUCUACUCUGGGUAUUGACUUGGAUGUACUCGACUACAAGGAGCACUCGAUUGGCGGUAACCGCGAAGUCAACAAGCCCGCAACCGGUCUGGGUCGUGAAGUCAAGGCCGCCACAUACAUCCAGUGCACGGCGGCCGGUAGCAAGGAACAGCUGUGGGGUGUUGGCAUCCACCAGGACGUGGUCCAGGCUAGUUUGAUUGCCCUGCUGAGCGCUGCCAGCUCGUUCCUGACCUCCCGUGCCGGCUCGCCCGCCCCCUUCCGUCCCAUCCGCUCCAAUAUCCUUACCACCGAUGAUCUGCAGGCCCUCGAGGAGCUGACCGGAUCAAACGAGGCGGUCACUGCCAACGGUGAUCUGAGCGCCAAGGUCAACAUCGAGCAGUUGACAAAACAAGCCGAAGCCCAGUAG